AGAUUUUUCCCCAUUCUUAAUCCCUCCCAUGUCUCUCUUCAGACCACGUUGCUUCGCAGUUCGCACUGUGUCUCAUAAAAAAUUUCUUUCAUUAUCACUGCAGCCUCUACCAUUCCUCUCGCAUAUUAUCACCGCAUAUCUCCACCGAUUCCACCAGUUGCCGGAAAGAGUUUUCACUGAAUAGUACACAAAUCAGGGUCGUACGGUUCAGCCAAGCUUCUGACCUAUUGCAGUUGAACGAUAUGCCAUUACAUCACUGAAGCUCUCAAGCUCAAAAGAAAAGAAUAAUAAAAAGAUCGGAAAGGGCAAAAUUUUUUCAGGAAAAUAGAAAUCGAAAAAUGUUCGGAAUUUCCUACGGAGAGGUUUUUCUUCUGCUCGGAGCUACUGCUGCUCUUAUUGGCCCAAAAGAUCUGCCGAUUAUAGCUAGAACAGCUGGGAGAUUAGCUGGGCGUGCAAUCGGAUAUGUUCAAAUGGCCCGUGGCCAAUUCGAAAGUGUCAUGCAGCAAUCGCAAGCUCGCCAGGUUCAUAGAGAACUGCAAGAUACAAUGGCUCAGUUAGAAGCCAUACGUCAUGAAAUUCGGUCUAUUUCUUUCAUGAAUCCUGGUCCAUUGACAACGAGGCUAGUGGACAAUGUUGCUAGCCGUACAUCCUCUGGCAAUGUGGACGAAGAAACUUCAAAACCUCCUGAAGAGAACUCAGCAAGAGUUAAGAAUGCUGCAACAGCUACCACGUUGAAGGAUCAUAGUUCACCAUCCUUAGAUUUGUCUGAUAUACAUAGACAAGCAACUGCAUAUACAAGAUUGGCUGAAUCCACAUCCUUAGAUGCAAAGUCUACAGAUGAAGUUCUUCAUGAACUAAUCGAUGAGUCCGGUCAGUUCAUUGUCCUCCCUGUAUCCGCUGAAAGUGCAGGAUUGUUGCCAAACCGAAAAGAUGACUUAAAGGGAUCUGACAUACUAUUGGCAGCAGUACUGGAGGCUGAUGUGGCACAUAAUGCAAAAGAUUUUUUCUCACAGCCUCAAAACCAAAAAGAUUGAAUGACAAUGUAACAUUUUCUUCUUCCGCAGUCUGCUUGAUUAUUUCCCAACAAGAAGCAUAUUUAAGUGUACCAUGAGAAUUAUUUAUAGCCAAUGCUGUGCAAAUUAUUUAAUCUCCUAGUUGUGGAAAGGGAUAUAUUUUUUAAAAUAUUGCGUCCAAUUGUAGUCAUCUUACUGAUAGGUAUCAAGCUUAGUUAUAUAUAAACAUUGGUCUCAUGCUAA